UGUUUGAUGUUCGGAUCGAUGCUGCGUCUGCCCCUCCUGCUGCUCCCCCUGCUCGUCAUCGCCGGCUGCGGCGCGUCGUACGUGCCGUGCGAGCCGUGCGACCCGAAGGCCCGCUCCCUGUGUCCGCCGGUGCCGGCGGGGUGCCAGGCGGUGAAGGAGCCCGGCUGCGGCUGCUGCCUGACGUGCGCGCUGGAGGAGGGCCGGCCGUGCGGCGUGUACACCGGGCCGUGCGCCCGCGGAUUGCGCUGCCUCCCCAAGAGCGGCGAGGAGAAGCCGCUGCACGCCCUCCUGCACGGCCGCGGCGUGUGCAGGAACGAGAAGUUGUAUAAACUGCUGCACCCUUCCAAAGAGUCCAUGAUGCCCCAGACCAAGGUGCCCAUAUACGGACGGGAUCACAUCAGUAGUCGGAAGGCCCAGGCGAUGAAGCAGGCCAAGGAUCGCAAAAAGCAGCUCGCCCGGGUGGGGGCCAACAGCAACCUGGACCUCCCUCUGCACGGCUUUGGGAAAAUGGAGCCCGAGUUUGGCCCCUGCAGGAGACGCCUGGACCACCUCAUCCAGAGCAUGAAGGACACCUCCCGGGUCUUGGCUCUGUCCUUGUACAUCCCCAACUGUGACAAAAAAGGCUUCUUCAAGCGCAAACAGUGCAAGCCGUCUCGCGGACGCCGGAGGGGAAUCUGCUGGUGCGUGGACCGCUUCGGCGCCAAGAUCCCGGGCAUCAACUACGCGGGUGGCGACUUGCAGUGCAAAGACUUGGACAGCAGCAGCAACAGGAAUGAGUGAGCUCGGGUCGAACCGGCGCACUUAACAACUGCCGACCCGGCGAGGUCAUGCGAUGGACUGUUGUUUGUAAAGGGGAAGCCAAAACUCUUGUAUGUAACUGUGGCUCCCCUGCUAACUGUGUUCCUUUUCUUUAUAUCCAUAGACCAUUGGUUACAGAGUGCAUAUAUAUGUAUAUAUGUAUAUACAGUACAGGCCAAACGUUUGGACACACCUUCUCAUUUCAAUGCCUUUUCUUUAUUUUCAUGACUAUUUACAUUGUAGAUUGUCACUGAAGGCAUCAAAACUAUGACACCUGUGAAGUGAAAACCCUUUCAGGUGACUACCUCUUGAAGCUCAUCCAGAGAAUGCCAAGAGUGUGCAAAGCAGUAAUCAGAGCAAAGGGUGGCUAUUUUGAAGAAACUAGAAUAUAAAACAUGUUUUCAGUUAUUUCACCUUUUUUUUUGUUAAGUACAUAACUCCACAUGUGUUCAUUCAUAGUUUUGAUGACUUCAGUGACAAUCUACAAUGUAAAUAGUCAUGAAAAUAAAGAAAACGCAUUGAAUGAGGUGUGUCCAA